AUGGCAGAGACAAAUAAAGGAAGAAGUGAAGAAGAAGUUGCAAGGGCCUUUGUGAAUCACUAUUACCAUCUCUUUGACAAUGAUCGAUCUUCUCUUUCCACUCUCUACAAUCCCACCUCGUUGCUUACUUUCGAGGGCCAAAAGAUCUACGGCGUGGAAGAUAUCUCCAAUAAGCUCAAACAACUUCCGUUCGAUCAGUGUCGUCAUUUGAUUAGCACCGUUGAUUCUCAGCCGUCUUCAAUGGCCGGUGGCUGUGGCGGAAUCCUUGUUUUUGUGAGUGGUAGCAUCCAGUUACACGGCGAGGAUCGUCCUCUUAGGUUUAGCCAGACGUUUCACUUGGUCCCUCUUCUGCAAGGAAGUUUCUUCGUCCAAAAUGAGAUGUUUCGGCUCAACUAUGGUUGAAGUUAUAUUAACUUUCAUGUUUGGAAAUGAAAUCCGACUAAUAAUAAUAUAGUCAAUAUUUCAAAGAAAAAUCAACCUUUCAUAUCGAGUUAUAAAAUAAAUUGAUACAUUGUUCUGUGUUAUGUUCAUAUAUGUAAGCAAAGUUUCAAAUUGAUUUAAAAGACAAAAGCUGACUAGUA